AUGCAUAAAGGAACAUCCAAGGGCUUCGAAAGGGUAUCGAAUGUUGAGAAUGGGGGUGCCGCUGCUGAUGACGAGUAUGACGGGGACAGAGAGGAACCGCAGGGCAAGAAGUCACGGUAUAUCUUUAUGCCCAGAACCCCUAUAUACUUCGGUGCCAUCCACUGCAUAACGCUCAAUACCCUUCUCACAAUGAUCUUCAUCAGAGUCCCCCGUAUUGCCUUAGUCGGAUUCGUUUACAUCCAGUUUUUCACGAUGAUGGGCGGCGUGUUCCCCCUCGAGAUCCCCACUAACCGUCCCACAGUUGAUGUCAUCCCAUGGUUCCACAACCUCGGAUACUGCUUACUCGGUGUCUGGCUCCAUAGCGUCGGUGCUCAUAAGAUUUCGGCGAUCGAGUUGAUACCGGGCAGGUCAGUGCACUUCGAGGACACAGUCUUCACGUUUUUCGGACGACAUGACGUCUCUGAGUUUAUGAUCCCAACGCCAGGACUCCUUAGAUAA